UGGGAGGAGUGUAAAUUCAGGGAAUCCACCUCAAAUCCCUACCCCACCUCUUCCCACCAUCUCCCACUUCCCGCCCCCAGCUUCGGCCUGCUGCCUUAAACUGCUGCCUCCCCGUGCUAGGUUAAGCAGUCUCAGCUGCUGAGUGCACAGUUGCGCCGGGCAGCCUGUGGUGGGACAGACAUGAUGGGCCUGAGGCUGGGCAGCUGGACUCCCCUGGGGUCUCUCCUCUCCCUGCUUUUUUCUACCACCAUGGCCCACAUUGCUACCAGAGAAAACUGCUGCAUACUGGAUGACAGAUUUGGUAGCUUCUGCCCAACAACUUGUGGUAUUGCAGAUUUCCUUAAUAAAUACCAUCCCACUGUGGAUAAUGACCUGCAGGAAAUGGAGAGAAUUUUGCAGCGGAUUUCUAAUGCCACAGUAACAGCAGACCAUCUGAUUCAACACAUCCAAGGCCUCUAUCCUUCAGACAAGCAGACAUUACCGAAUUCAAUUGAUGAUUUCACUCAAAGGUCCAGGAAAAUAAUUGAAGAAAUUAUCAGAUAUGAAAACACUAUAUUGUCUCAUGAAACUACUAUACAACAGUUGACAGAUACACAUAUAAUGAAUGGCAACAGGAUCACAGAGCUGAAAGAGAAGAUUGCCCAGCUUGAGUUACUCUGUCAGGAGCCGUGCAAGGACAGGGCUGAAAUUCAGGAGACAACUGGAAGAGAUUGUCAAGACAUUGCAAAUAAAGGUGCAAGGAAAAGUGGUUUGUACUUUAUCAAGCCUCAAAGAGCCAAGCAGUCAUUCCUAGUCUACUGCGAGAUUGACUCAUAUGGCAACGGCUGGACAGUACUACAAAGGAGACUGGAUGGGAGUGAAGACUUCAGUAAAAAUUGGGUUCAGUACAAGGAAGGAUUUGGACAUCUGUCUCCAGAUGACACCACUGAGUUCUGGCUGGGCAAUGAAAAGAUGCAUUUAAUAACUACACAGUCCACUCUUCCAUACACCUUACGUAUAGAGCUGGAGGACUGGAGUGGCAAAAAAAGCACUGCUGACUAUGCUGUAUUCAGAGUGGGAAGUGAAGAAGACAAGUAUCGACUGACUUACGCCUACUUCAUUGGGGGUGAAGCUGGGGAUGCCUUUGACGGAUAUGAUUUUGGAGAUGACCCAAGUGAUAAAUCCUAUACCUACCACAAUGGCAUGCGGUUCAGUACUCAUGACAAUGACAAUGAUAACUAUGAAGGCAACUGUGCUGAGCAAGAUGGAUCUGGGUGGUGGAUGAAUAGAUGCCAUGCUGGCCACCUCAAUGGCAAAUAUUAUGUAGGUGGCGUGUACACAUCAGAAGAUGCUGGUCCAUCUGGAUUUGACAAUGGCAUUAUUUGGGCAACCUGGCGUGACCGGUGGUACUCCAUGAAGAAAUCUGCAAUGAAAAUCAUCCCAUUCAACAGACUGUCAGUAGAUGGACAGCAGCACAACUUAGGCAAUGUCAAACAGGUUGGAGAUGCAUAAAGGACAAUGUGGCAAAGACAAGUCUGAACAGGAAAAGCAAAUCUUUUCUGUCUUUGACACUGAACUUAUUAAACAUUACACAGUUCAGUUUUGACUAUAAGAUACUCAUUGACUGUAAGAUACUCAAACCUUUCUGUGAGCAGUGCUUACCUCUGUAGAUGGUUGUUUUUUCUGUACACAUUCUCAAUACAUUUUUGAUUGUUACAAAAAAAGUCUGAGUUUGUUAUCUGUGGUCCACAGCAGGCCAAACAAGACAAAGAAAACUUUUGAUAGUUGGAUCAAACCUAUUUGAUUCAGUCAUUCCUGAAUUUCACACCAGCAGUUUCUGCUCUUUGUUAAGAGGCGUGUGUUUGACCUAUUUCUCCAUAAAUGUGAAUAGUAUCCAUAAAUUUUCAAGUUUUCUAAUAAAGUUGUUUGGUGACAUAGAUCAAAGUA